AUGCUGGUGUUUCUGCUUCUCUCUCAGAUCUCCCUCUCAGGUGGCGUGCAGAGUGGCAUCUUUGGUGGUCGUAUGGCCAAGCCCCACUCCAGACCCUACAUGGCCUCACUGCAGACACGGAGACACCACGGGUGUGGAGGAGUGCUGAUCAGAGAGGACUACGUGCUGACUGCUGCACACUGUUAUAAUCGCAGGUGUGAGCGUGCUCACGACGUAGUGCUGGGCGCCCACAACAUCAGUAAGCAGGAGAAGAGCCAACAGCACAUUGGCAUCUCUGAGUUCAUCCCUCACCCAAAGUACCCCAAGAAGACGCUUCGCAAUGACGACCCCAGGACUCGAGAGCAUGACAUCAUGCUGUUGAAGCUGAAGACAAAGGCUACGCUGAACAAGUUUGUGAAGGUGUUGGAGCUCCCUAAAACAUAUGGGAAGAUCCGUGCGGGGGAGCAGUGUGAGGUGGCUGGGUGGGGGAAGAGGGUCCUCGGGCGAGAAGCAGAGAGUGUCCUGUACGAGGCUGAAGUCAUGCUGGACAAGACAGCGAACUGUGAAGCGAAAUGGCAGCAGUAUUACAACCAGGACCAGAUGACCUGCAGCGUCCCUGACGGCAGAGGAGGAUUCUGUCAGGGUGAUUCUGGAGGUCCUCUCAUCUGUGGAAAGGGCAAGGCCAAGGUCCUGUAUGGAGUCACAGCCUACACAGGUGCACCAUGUGAUACCCCAGAAUACCCAGAAGUCUACAUGAGAGUCCCCUACUUCCUGCCCUGGAUCAAAGACGUUAUUGGUGUGAAUGAUGCUCUGUAG